ACGCUACUCAUGUUUACACUUGCAACACAAAAGAGAACAUAACACCCAAACAUAAGUCAUCAUACAAUUAUCAUCAUCAUAUUCAAAACGUAAUGCAAAACAAACAUAAGUUAAUUGUUUCAACCGCCUUGUUCGCCACAUUGGGCAUUAGUGUACUCUAUGUCCUACGCAAUGGCAAUAUUGUUUAUCGACUGAGACGUAUGCUUGACUACCGGAAUCCGCUACGGAAUCAAGAAAUUGUCGUGGCGAACAAUUUUGGCGACUGCCAAAAAAUUGUGGAACGACUUAAACGACACUGUACAGAAUAUCGUGUGCUCGGGUUUGAUUGCGAAUGGACAACAGUUAAUGGGAGUAGAAGACCAGUGGCCUUAUUACAGUUAGCUACACACAGGGGACUAUGCGGUUUGUUCAGAUUGAGCAGCCUAAAAACUGUACCGUCCGACUUACGGGCCAUCCUCGAGGAUGAAAAUAUAAUCAAAGUUGGUGUUGUUCCGAUCGACGAUUCAAAGUACCUAGCUCAGGAUUAUGGCAUUCGUGUGGCGAGUACGCUUGAUCUUCGCCAUUUGGCAAAGUCAUUGGGAUAUGAGCCCAGCGGUCUAGCUAAAUUAGCCGAAAUUCAUCUGAGCUUGAAAAUGAACAAAAACUGGCGUAUAAGGUGUUCUGAUUGGGAAGCCAGAUCACUGACCGACGAGCAAUUGGGAUAUGCGGCAACCGAUGCCUUUGCGGCUGUUGAAAUUUUCAAGACCCUGAAUGGACAUUCGGAUUUACGCUUGAAAUUUGUAAGCAAACAUUCACUUGAACGGGACAUUGGCGACUGUGGGAAAUAUUUAAAUUUAAAAUUUAGCAACGUCAUUAUCGCACCAUCCGCCAAGUCUUCGAAAAAGCAAGUGGGGAUUACAAUGAAACCAGUCCGAUCAUUUUCAAUGAGAACGAAUGUAUUGUACACAAACUGUUUCUUACAAGCCCCCGAUGGAGAAUUGCUCGCAUCGAUAGACCGAAGAAAAGCCGAGUGGUACAUAAACAAAUCGCUGGGCACAUUAGUAACCGAUUCACCAUACACUGUCCGUUUAAACUUUGAGCCGGCUGCACGAGCCCGUGGAGAUGUGGGUGAAUUCUACAAACUACCGAAACUCAAUCAAUGUGUCGUGUGCGGUGCCAGCGAAUCGUUUAAUCGCAAGAAUAUCGUUCCUCGCGAAUAUCGCAAGCAUUUCCCGGACGUGAUGAAAUCGCACUCGUCGCACGAUAUCGUUCUUUUAUGUCCACAAUGUAACCGCUUGAGUAGCUCAUCGGAUAUGACCAUUCGACUGCAGUUGGCUGCUGAAUGUGAUGCUCCGUUUCUGCUGAGGGAGGGAUGUCUGCCCCGAAUUACACACUCUGUUGAACUCAAGCAACGAAGGUCAUUUGCGAAUGCUUUGUAUCUGAACGAGAAUCGAAUUCCCGACGAACGAAAACAAUUUCUUAAACAGGAACUCCUGAAACAUUAUCCACCAGGUACUGAAAUUACAGAACAAUUGCUAGUGGACGCAAUGGAAACGGAAACGGGGGAGGUAAAUGCGGGCUACAGUGCACAUGGAGCAAAAGUUGUCGAAUUCUACAAAAAUAGUGACGGUGGCCUUAUAAUGCUGGAGAAUAUUUGGCGCGAACAUUUCGUGAACACAAUGAAACCGAAAUUUCUACCCAAUUUGUGGUCGUUGAAUCACACGACCGAGAGAUUAACUAUACGAGCGACAGAAGGACGUAUCCAGGAAGACGAUUUGAAAUUUGCUGGACUUGGUAAAGUUGAUCAGCCCAUUUGUUGACCUAUGUAAAUAAAUGGCAG